AUGAAUAUGUCAACCCUAACAAGCCAGGACUGUGUGGUCCUCAGUAAGAGACAAGGCAGAGUUCACUUCUACAAGACUUCUCACCUAAGCACAGAAUCUACAGUUGGAAAACCUGCUUCAGGAAGGCAGAGUACCGUAAAGCCGCCCAGCACAGCUGAAUCGGAUCCCAAGGCUUCCAGUCCAGAAGAUGUCGCCCAGGAAAUCAAGGAUGACAGUAUUGUGAAGACUGAGGAAAUGACUACUUCACUGACUGCAUAUAAAUCCCUAGACAAGUUUGAAAUCCCAGUAUGUAACAGGCUGCCCAGUGAUUUUGAAUUGCUGGAUUUUGAUUUCAACACCACUCUACAGACAGACUUCAGACCGGCGGAUGAGUUUGACUUCAAGCCUGCUACGGAGUUGUUUGGCCAACCGACAGAAGUCGACUACUUGGAGAACUUCGGCUCCUCUUCAUUCAAAGAAUCUGCUCUCCGAAAGCAGUCCCUUUACCUAAAAUUUGAUCCUCUGCUGAGAGAGUCACCCAAGAAGUCUGCUCCAGCGAGCACGGACCCAGUGCGUGACGUACCACUGCGGAGCAGGUCAGAUUUCUUUGGAUCUUUACCUCAACCAUCGUUUCCUGCGAUUCGGUGCCUUGAAAAUGAGGAAAAACCUAAAGGACUGGAUCUCCUGGGGACUUUUACAGUGUCUGACAGCGCUCCCUUAAUUCCAGACCCCGCAAGCCUUGUGCCGACUCCUGACCCCUUCCUGCUGCCGUCUGAUGUGGGGGCAAUCGUCGAAGUGCUUAAAUACAGCCAAAAGGACAUGGACGCAGCUAUAGAGCAAGUCCGGCUGGAGGUACGAGAAAAAGAGCUGGAGGUUUUGGAGUGGAAAAAUAAACAUGAGAAGCUUUACUUGGAAUAUAUCGAAAUGGGGAAAAUUAUUGCAGAGUUUGAGAGCACCAUCACACAAAUACUGGAGGAUUCACAAAGACAGAAGGAACUGGGCAAAUUAGAGCUGCAGAAAGUGAUCCAUGAGAAGCAGCAGGUGCAGGUGGACCUUAACUCUAUGGAGCAAUCCUUCUCCGAUCUCUUCAAAAGGUUUGAAAAGCAGAAGGACAUACUGGAUGGAUAUCGCAAGAAUGAAGAGGCUUUGAAGAAAUGCGUUGAAGAUUAUCUUGUAAGGAUAAAGAGAGAGGAGCAGCGUUAUCAGGCCCUUAAGGCCCAUGCGGAGGAGAAGCUGAACUGGGCUAACGAAGAGAUUGCUCAAGUACGAAACAAAGCCAAAUCGGAAGUGACCGCGCUACAGGCCACGUUACGUAAAGAGCAGAUGAAGACACAGUCACUAGAACGCAACCUAGAACAAAAGACAAAAGAAAACGACGAAUUGACGAAAAUCUGUGAUGACUUGAUUUUAAAGAUGGAGAAGAUCUGAUCUGCUGCCAUAGCACUUUGUAUAUUUUUAGAUGUAUCACUGUUUGUCUCUUUAUAUGUUUUGUAUGGACUAAUAAAUAGAACAUUAAUUUAACUU